AUGCGCCGCUGGGUGACGUUGGCAACUUCGCGUGCCGACUUGACGCGGGGGGCGGUGCUCUCGGCUACUGAGCUGGCAGACGCUCGGGCCAUGUGGAUCCGAUGCGCGCAGAGGAUUGCCUUCCGGGACGAUAUUAAGGCUCUGUCGAGAGGGCGUAUCGAGCACUCUCAGGGUCCACUCCGGUUGCUGAGUCCGUUUCUCGACGACAAGGGACUGCUGCGCGUGGGUGGCCGACUGAAGCACGCGCUGUUGAAUGCUGACCAGCGUCAUCCCAUAAUACUUCCGCGGGGCUCGCAUCUCACCUAUCUGGUGGUCGCGGACGAGCAUGGCCGUGUGCUUCAUGGCGGCACCCAAUUAACUCUCGCAUCGCUGCGUCGGAGGUACUGGGUACUACGAGGUCGGCAAUUGAUGAAGCACUUCAUUCAUCGUUGUCUUCCAUGCUUGCGAUGGCGGGCCGCGAAUCCCCAACCACGGAUGGGCAGUCUCCCACGAGCCAGAGUCGUUCCGAGUCGACCGUUCACUCAUACGGGCUUGGACUAUGCUGGACCGAUCCUCCUGCGUACCACGAAAGGUCGAGGUCACAGGGCCUACAAGGCCUUUGUGGCAGUCUUUGUUUGUUUCAGUUCGCGAGCCGUCCACCUCGAGGUCGUUAGCGACUACACAGCUGAUGCCUUUCUUGCAGCGUUCCGGCGCUUCGUGUCCCGCAGAGGAUUGUGCUUGCACCUGUACAGUGAUUGCGGAACUAACUUCGUGGGCGCGGAUCGACAGCUGCGCGGUUUUUUGGGAAUGGCGAGCGAGAGUAGCCGGAGUAUCAUAGGAAAGCUAGCGGAGGAGGGUGUGGAGUGGCACUUCAACCCUCCCGCUGCCCCUCACUUUGGGGGCCUCUGGGAAGCUGCGGUCAAGGCCUUCAAACACCAUCUGCGCCGAGUCAUCGGCGAGUCAACACUGACUUACGAGGAGAUGGCUACGUUUUUGGCCGAAGUAGAGGCGUGUCUCAACUCUCGACCAUUGCAGGCGCUUUCGGACGACGCCGACGAAUUGGAUGUGUUGACGCCGGGCCAUUUUCUCGUUGGCGCUCCGUUGAAGGCUAUCCCCGAACCGGCACUGACGGGGAUUCCCCCCAGUAAGCUGACACGCUGGAAGCUACUCCAGCAAAUGAGGGAUCAUCUUUGGCAGCGGUGGUCGCAGGAAUACCUCCAGGCGCUGACCCCUCGACCAAGGUGGUGGCGUGCGGAAGGUGGCCUGAAGGAGGGUCAACUUUGCCUGCUGAAGCAGGAAACAACGCCACCGACGCGGUGGCCCUUGGUGCGUGUCACGCGUCUCCACCCGGGUGAUGAUGGCGAGGUGCGGGUCGUGACCGUUCGGGGAGCUACAGGGGAGCUUCGGCGGCCAGUCAUCAAGCUCGUCCCUCUUCCGACGGACGAGGAGAGUACGCAGCGCCAUGCCUAG